AUGGGACUGAAAAAGAAAAUAGUCUCCAAACUUGCAAAAAUUGCUGAUAACGAUUGGAUUCCCAACGAAGAGCAUCUCACAGAGCUGGUUCAUCUUCUGGAUGAUGCGAAGGAUGAUAAAUUUCAGACGGAAACCCAGGAAAAAAUUCGAAAUGUCGAUCUAAAAGUGUUGACUAGCUUGCUGACAGCCUACCGAGCCACAUGUUGCGAUCUAGAUAUUGGGAUUUAUCAAGUGUUGCAAACGCUCGAGAAGUUCGGUACCGAUUUCAGUGAUCUACAACCCUUGGUGUUUGGGGAUGAAGCUAGAAAAAACUAUGACAAUCUGAGGAAGAUGGGAUUAGAUUUGCACGUCAGAAUCACACCAGAUGAUGCUAUCAAAACGUAUUUCGACGCACCCACUCUUUGGAACACAGUGAAGUAUCAUAUUCGACCGGUCACAGAAGACAAUGCGGAGAAAAUCUACGAUGUUCGUUUUGUACUUCGUUUCUUCAACUCCAUCCUCUAUCCAGCCUCUCCGCUCUCUUCAAAACUGUUUGUUGAACACAACUGUCUGGCUCUUCUCUUCUCGGCUACGUCGUCUUCCGAUUCGUCUAUUCGUGCGUUGGCUUUUGCGUGUCUUCAGAAAUUCGUUAACCACCUACAAGAACUGAAUACUGAAAUAUUCGCUGAAAAGGCGCUUGUUCUUUAUCUCAUUCGCAUCUUCAAACAUGGUUUCGACACUUCUGUACCUAGAGUCUCGAGCAUGAUCACUCACUUCUUUGCCAGAGUUUCAAAGCUUAUGUUGAACCCAUCACAUGAUGUUUAUCCACAGAUCAUGGCUUUUCUCUGCAUGAAACCGAUUUUUGAUAUUCAAAAUGUUCCUGAGUUCUACAAACUUCUAUUUUCGUCCUCUCCUGAACAUCACACAGAGGAAAGAGAAUGGCUAUUGUCGUUGAUUUCCGAAGCGAUGCUUGAACCAAUGGACUAUCAAGUCCUUCAAAACAGAGCCGGAAUCAAAUUGCUGCUCAGCUCAUUCGCCAGUGUUUGGUUGGAUCGAAAAAGUAGAUCACUGAUUCUCCGAACUCUUCAAAACGCCGUACAAAUGCCUUCAGUAGCGCACGAUCUUUUUACGAGAGAAGGUCUACAUAUGUGGAUUACAUCUGUCAUUCAUAUGAUCCCAAUGACAUCCAAUAUCUUUCAGAGUGGUCGAUUCAAUCGAUGGGAGAAAAACUAUCUAGCCCAAGUGUUCUGCAGUCUUCUAGAAAACGAACGAAAAUAUCAAAGAGGAGAAAAAGGAAAAGAGCAGGCGUGCAAAGCGGCAACGGCUGCCUCCAGAAUCUGCAGUAAGAAGAUUUUAUUGAUACUCGAAGGUAUUUCAAAGGAUCCACAGUUUCCCGGAGAGCAAGAGAAAGCACUGGCAUCAAUUAAUCGAAUCGAGAAAGCUAUUGGGAAGAAGUGGAAGAGGAAGAAGAAGUUCAACGCCGAAGAAUAG